CGGUCGCCACGUAGAGAGGAAUUAAAACUGUCCAUAAUGGGCGAUCACAUCGGCGAUAACAUAUUAAUUCCGCAGGUCGACAACGUCGUGUUGAUCGACAAGAGUGAUGGCAAUAACAAGAGCAUGGAUGGGACCCUAUGUAUUAGUGGUCACCAUCUCAUCUUAUCAUCCAGGCAAGACGAUGGACAGGAACUUUGGCUGAUGAACAGGAAUAUUGACGUCGUAGAAAAGAAAUUAAAUGCUCAAAGUCCUGGUGGUAGCAUAAUAUUGAAGUGCAAGGACUUUCAAAUUCUUCAGUUAGAUAUUGGUUCUACCAAUGAUUUAAUCAAUGCCAUAUUAUCCAUAGAAAAGCUGAUAUCACUAGACCAAACUCUACAAUAUCCAUUUUUCUAUCGACCACAGACAAUCAACAAUGCCAUGGUACAGGUAGAAGAUGGAUGGACAGCAUUUGCACCUGUCUCUGAAUGGUCUAGAUUGCUAGCGGCUCAUGGAGACGAGUGGCGCAUCAGUUACUUGAACAAGGAUUAUAAAAUUUGUAAUUCAUAUCCAUCAGCAGUCAUAGUACCACGUCAAGUAGAAGAUAAAAUUGUUAUAGCUUCAGCUAUUUUUAGAGAUGGUGGGAGGUUCCCUGUUUUAUGUUACAGACACGAGGGAGGGAGUAUAUUAAUGAGAAGCAGUCAACCGUUAUGUGGUGCUACUGGUAAGAGAUGCAAAGAAGAUGAAAAACUAUUAAAUGCAGUUUUAGGGCCUGGAAGACGUGGUUAUAUAGUGGACACACGAUCAGUUAGUCAGGCACAGAGUGCUCGAGCUAGAGGCGGAGGCACAGAAAUGGACACGGCUUAUCCACAAUGGCGAAAAGUGCAUAAACCAGUUCCUCGGCCGCACGAUUUGGCCGAUAGCUUUUAUAAAUUAAUAGAGGCAUGCAAUGACGUAAACAAUUCUACUUCGCAAUGGCUGUCGAAGUUGGAUAGCAGCGGAUGGCUAACCGCUGUGCAGAGUGCUUUAAACGCUGCCUGUGUCACCGCUCAAUGUCUGCAUCAAGAAGCCGCAGCUGUGCUAGUGCAUGGAAGCACAGGCAGAGAUUCUACAUUGGUGGUAACCAGUUUGGCUCAGGUAAUAUUGAAUCCUGAUUGUCGGACGGUGCGAGGACUUCAGGCUCUCAUAGAGCGCGAAUGGUUGCAAGCCGGCCAUCAAUUCUUCAGCCGGACUCGCUGCGGAGCGUAUCAGCCUUCGAACUCACAAAAUCCGACGCACGCGCCGACUUUCCUGCUUUUCUUGGAUUGCCUCUAUCAGCUACAUUAUCAAUUCCAAUUUAGCUUUGAGUAUACUGUGGAUUUGCUCAUUAAAUUGUACAAGCACGCCUAUUCCUCGAACUACGGUACAUUUUUAGGCGAUUCCGAAGCUGAGAGGAUAAAAUUACGACUAUCUGAGCGAACUUACAGUUUAUGGUCGUACGUGAAUCAACCAGAUGUUUUAGAACAGUGGAUAAACCCAUUAUAUGAGCCGAAUCCGGGAGUGGUUUGGCCUAGUGUUGCACCCAUUAGUAUUCAAUUGUGGAGAGAACUAUAUCUCGCACAUACAAGCGCAGCUCUAUGGGAUGGCAUGCUCUCUUACGCGAAACAGAUCAAGCAAAAUCACACAGCGGUGCGCAAAGUGGCCGGUCAAUUGCAGGCACAAAUCAAGCAAGCCUUGGAAGAAAUCCGAUCGGAUCCAGAUAUAUCACGGGCAGACAUAGACAAUCAAGAGGACCAUCCCUGUAUAGCACAUUUAAGCCUGGAGUCCCAGAGUACUUGAUACAGAUUGUAGAAAACCGAAAUUCGUGCUGCUGUUCAACGAUCUUGUCAAUAUGCCUUUAAUUAUACAAUACCAUGUUAAUCCGCAAGGAUCAACAAUCUUCACAGUAAUCUGCCACGAAUGCUAAAGCCUUCGUAAUGAAUUCUUGAUGCGGUUCUUUCGUCUUUUUGUUGAGAUGAAAAGAAAGGGUCUACUAGUCUAAGAAUAGCUCUACGAGAGAAAGAGAGAGAAAGAGAGAGAUAUUCAUGGAGUGAUUAUCUUUGUCAAUAUAGAUUUAAAUAUUGUGUACAUUUUAAAAAGUAUUUCUCUCACAUAAUCAACAUUAUUAUACAACGUUAUUAUUAUGAUCACACGAUUUUCGCCUAAAUAGUAAAACUCAUUACAUUGAAAGGACAUUACACUCUAUUUAAACAAUUUAAA